AUGCCUUCUAAGACAUUAGCCUUACGAGAAGAAGCGGUUGCUCCGGGGUAUAAAAAGAAUAAGGAAAGGGUUAGCAUUCUAGCAUCCAGUAACUCGUCCGGAACACACAAACUCCCACUAAUGUGUAUCGGGAAAUCGGCUAAACCCAGAGCGAUUAAACACAUCAAAUCGGAAGCCUUACCAGUAAAAGCGAUUUUGUUACUCGACAACGCUCCAUCGCACCCGAAAGAGUCGGCUCUCAGAAGUGAAAACAUCAUCGUCAAAUUUUUCCCACCGAAUGUUACCUCCAUUGGACAACCAAUGGAUCAAGGCGUACUCGAGACAUUCAAACGUCAUUACCGACGUUUUUUACUUCAAGAAAUUCUGGAAAAAAGCGCCGCGAGUAGUACCUUCAAAGAGUGUUUGCUUGCAAUAAACAUGAAAAGCGUUAUUUACUGGUCAGCUCAAGCUUGGGAUGCUGUCCAAAGGCACACGCUCGAAAGGUCAUGGGCAAAAAUCUUGUGUUCUAACAACCAAAGCGAUGAAAUAGCAGACGAUGUGGAUUUGCACAGCAUCAUGGAGCAGAUCCCUGGUUGUGAAAACGUCGACAGAAACGACACUGAAGAAUGGGUUAUGGUGACGAUUGUAAACAGGAACUUACAGAUGACGAAAUUGGCCAACUCGUAAAUUCUGGAGAAGAAAACGCGGACGAUAUACAGGGUGUAUCCA